UUUAUAGUAAAUUUAUUACUCUAAACUAUGCUGACCAACAAGAGGAGCAGAAUUCGUCAUUUGUUGCUUCGUUGACUCAACAACUCUUCCUUUCUCCUUCCUUCCUUUUCCAAUUAAUAUAAAUUUCCCCAUCCCCCCCCGUUCUACUAACACAUUUCGUCAUUUGUUACGGUUUUUUUCACUUUCUUCAUCCGAUAUUGGCAAGCUCCGGUACAAUUUAACUGCAUCUGUUGCCAUUUCGCGACCAAGGUUGGUCAAGAAGAACAUGUCUGUCUGGAAAAAAACAUCCUGAUCGGAUGUCGUAGCUCAAUCUAUGCGUUCUUCGAUGGCCUCCUCUUCGAAUUCUGAAUUCAAAUGUAGUUACGACAUUUUCUUGAGCUUUAGGGGCUCAGACACCCGUACAAAAUUCACCGAUCACCUCUACGAGGCUUUGAAGCGAGAGGGAUUUGAAACAUUCAGGGACAAUGAAGGGAUUGAGCAGGGUGAGAACAUCAAAUCUGAGUUGCAGAAAGCAAUUUGGAACUCCAACAUGUCAGUGAUCGUGUUAUCGGAAACCUAUGCCACUUCGAAAUCGUGCUUGUUUGAAAUCCAGACGAUUCUCGAACACCGCAAGAAGAAGUCAGAUCAUGUUAUUUUUCCCGUGUUCUAUGAGGUGGAGCCGUCGGAAAUUAAGGAGCAAGCAAAACAUCUGGAUUUCAGAGGAAAGAAAGUGACGGAUGAGGAGGUGAAGGCAUGGAGUGCGGCGCUUAAGGAGGUUGCGAGUAUGGCUGGGAUGGUUUCCGGAAAUCAAUCUAACGGGUCUGAAGCGAAGUUCAUUGAGGAAAUUAUUGGUGUACUCAAAAUCAAGCGAGCUGACAAGCACCUGAGAGAUCUUGACGAAAACAUGCAAAACCUCAAAAGAAAGGUAGAGUACUUGAGCGGUCAAAAGAAUGACAUAAAUUCACAAAUCAGCAAUAAGAAGUGCUGGCUAGGGAUAAGACCAAAGAAAGAAGUUGAAGUUUGGCUCAUAGAUGUGCAACGGUUUAAAGAAGAUGUGCAAAGCCUUGAGCAAGAAGUAGUUGGAGAAACAAAUGUCUCCUCACGUAUGCGGUUGGGAAAGGUUAUCGCCAAGAAAAUUCUAGAGGUGCAAGAACUCCACAAAAAGGGCAGUGAUUUUAAUAGUUUGAUGAUUGAUGAACUUCCAACUGGUAGACCGUUGCUCAGGUCAUUGCUCAUGUCAUUGGUUUAUUUGGGUGUAUGGUGCUUUGUUAUCUAUAAGAUUGUGUCCCUGUCUGUUAAGGAAAAUCAAGUGGACUGAUCGACAGUUGAUAUUCAACUGAACACGUUUCAGAGUAAGCGUCAUAUACUGAUCGUGGGCAAAACAGUUAAUGCAAGCAGGCAGUUGAAGCAAUUACAACAUUGGAAACAUGUGAGAUCAUGGGGAAGUAACCGCCUCGUGCAGAUAAUGGAGCAAUAAUAGGGAGCAUGGAACCACCUAAUUUAAAUCGAAGGAGGGAAUUCCAUCUGAUUUGAAUUGCAAGUCGAUGACAGCCUAUAAAUACAAGAAUAGAAGACAUUUAGAACCCCCAAAUCAAUCGCCCAAAGGCUUCUACUUUUAUCUGUACUUUACAUUUCUUGCUCUAGGAGUAGCUUGUAAUUUAACUGUCUGUUCGAUUGUGUUCUCACCGUCGAUCGAUUUCUACCUCGAAGGAUAGUAAAGUCCAUUUUGUUGUUCUUCUUU